AUGGGCAGCUUCGUGAGGCGUAAUGAAGGAGCUGACAGGUAUCUCAUGAACCAGCAGAUGGCAGUGCCCGGUACUUAUAGUCAUCCAGAUGGCCAUGAGUUCGAGGCCACUGGAUCUGGUUCGUAUCACUUCCCCCAGCACUCCUUCAACCCCUAUGGUACUCAAUUCGGUCCAUCUUAUGGGCAGCAGUCAAACCUGUCUUCAGGCAUGCAACAUCUACAGUACGCAUCGGAGCAUACGAUUCCAUCGAUGUCCACUUCGGAUGAUAUGAGACUCCACCAUCCUCCGCAGUACAUGGCCCAGUCUCGUUAUCUGCAGUCACCUAGGUAUCUUCCUCUUCGCGACGCUCUCAGUGAGACGGAUAUUGAGAGCCAAGAGUCUCGGAAUGAGAGCACCAUGCUAUCGGAGCCCGUGGUACCUCCUCUGGAUGGAUUUCCCGACGUGAAAGAGUUUGAUCAACUGAUGCAGAGCUACGUCGAUGACCUGUCAGUAAAGAAACAAGACAAGGCAUUGAUCCACGCGAGAAGAGCGCGGAAUAUCCGAACCGUCUUGAUCGAUCCAAAAGAUACAGCGGUCGAAUCUGCCCAAUUUCGGUUUUGGGUCAAGAAGAUGUUCAAGCUUCAAACCGUUGGCAUGGGAACUUUAGAUUGCCGGAAGAUGAUCUGCCAUGAGGGAAAACCCGUUGCAAUUCGCGAAAAACUGUUUAAAAUCCUCACCAAAGCGCAUCAGCAAUGUCAGCACGGCGGCCGCGACAAGACCUCUGCACACGUCCGGCGUAUCUAUUCAUGGGUCCCAAAAGAACUGAUUUCCCGAUUUGUCAAAAUCUGUCCGACAUGUCAGGUUCGUCGCGGAGGAUCACGUCUAACACCGCCCAACUCCCGGCGAGGAUCACCUCGUCUGGAUAUGAUACCUCGAUCUCCAAAACUUCCAUCGCCGCCGAUUUCUAGACGAGAAUCGUCAUUCGGUGGUCAAGUGGCCCUCGAUCGGACACAGCCCGACUAUUUUAGCCAAUUGCAUGGCCAUGGCUGGAUGGACGGUCAUCAAACUUUACAGAACCGUUCGGGCUUGGGUGCCGGAGUCCGAUCCUUCCAUGGACCGAUGGGUAAUCUCUCUCAGUCCAUCGCAGGCACCUUAGACCCCUUCUCCGCCGAAUUAUCGGUGCCUCCAUCUCAGUUGAGCUAUACGGCGGGGUAUGUCCCCACGCAUGGCACUCCAAACCAGCGAGAAUUUUAA